AUUUUUGUUAAUUACUCCUUAAAAAUUAUCGCUACUUAUAUACCUAGGUAGGUAACCCGUCUGACGGCGCAUUCGUUACGUUUAAUAUACUUGGCUUUUUUCAAAAAUGGCAGCCCUCCACCAACCGCCAAGACACAUUGUAAUUGGCAUCGCUGCCUUUUUCCUCGUCCUCUGCUUCGUCCUCUUCACCCCACGAUCUACGCACAUCGAUCUCCACUCUACCGGUCGCAGCGCUUCCCAAUCUCCUCUAGUUAAGACUUCCCUGAGGAAGGCCGAUCGAUUCUAUGGCAAAGACUAUAAAGGCCACGCAUCCCCCGCUGACAUCAAUCGUGUCGGCAACGAGACCCUAGGUUUCGAGAAAGUAUUCGUCGUCGGCCUCCCAGAGCGAAGCGACAAGCGCGAUGCCAUCGCACUUACAAGUGCCUUGACGGGAUUCAAUGUAGAAUGGAUUGAUGGCGUUAGAGGGGAAGCAGUACCAGACAAGGCUGUACCUUUUGGCGCUGACAGAAAAAAGCUAUGGGAAACAAACCUGGGAAGCUGGAGAGGACAUAUGAAUGCAGUUCGCAGGAUCAUCGAAGAAGAUCUUGGCUCGGCUCUCAUCAUGGAAGAUGACAUGGAUUGGGAUGUACGAUUGAAACCUCAAUUAGAAAGAGUUGCGCAAGGUGCCCGAGCUCUCCUUUCCUCGGCCUCGAAGCCCGACUCACCGUACGGCAACGACUGGGACCUCAUGUGGCUUGGGCACUGCGGCGAAGUGUUUCCUGAGACACUUGAUGAAAACAAAGAAAAGCCUACUAACGAUCCCGGCAUCCGAUACAUGUCUCGCAAGUUCGUUAUUGAAAAAGAUGCCACAGUACCCCCCAAAAAUAGAGUCACCGGACUUGUCGAUUUCAAAAAUAGCCCCGAAUUUACACGCUGGGUCCAUAUCACUGGCGCUCCUAUCUGUACCUUUGCAUAUGCUCUUUCUCAGAGAGGGGCUCGUAAAGUCCUAUUCGACCUGUCAGUAGAUCACCUUACAGGCCCUUUCGACAAUGCUCUUGCUGGGCUCUGCAGACGAGCUGUCUCAACAUGGGGUGUGGAAGAUCUUUCCGUAGCCGGUGACCGUGGACUCGAUGCCAAAUGUAUUAGCGUAACACCCCCAAUCUUCUUCCACCACAAAGCCAAAGGUCUUGUUAAUGGAGAUAGCGAUAUCCAAACUGUUUCCGACGGGCAAGUUCGCGAGAAAGGCAGCACGGAGAAUAUUGUGUGGAGCGCAAGGAAUAACAUUAAGAACAUGAUUACGGGAAGUAGAAUGGAGAGUCAGUUUAAAUAAGGGGACCACUUAAACUGAAUGAGUGGACCAAUGCAAGACACGAAUCCCAACACUAACGGAACAGACGAAUCAUGACAUUACAUUCUACUAGACGGGGGAUUAUACGCGUUCUAGAAAGCUAAGAGCGCGAUGCCCGAAGUUGAUCAGAUUCGGUGCUCGAGGAAGGAGUGGGCGCGAAGUCGAGUGAGAAUCGGAUUCGCGGAUGA